CGACGGCCUCGCUGUCGCCGAAGAUGAAUACAGAGCAUUGAGCUUGUUCCCAGCAAGACAACAACCACCACCACAUAGAACCGCAAACAUGGAUAUCCGGGUACUCCAAUCCAGCGACAUUCCGCAUGUCCAGCAGACCAACAUCACCAACCUGCCCGAAAACUACUUUUGCAAAUAUUACAUGUACCAUGCCAUGAGCUGGCCGCAACUCAGCUAUGUCGCCGUCGAUGUAUCGCGCCCGCAAAAGACACCCUAUGACCCGCCAAAGAUCGUCGGCUAUGUUCUCGCAAAGAUGGAGGAGGAACCCAGUGAUGGUGUUCCGCACGGUCACAUAACCUCUCUCAGUGUGAUGCGCACGCAUAGAAGACUGGGACUUGCAGAGAAGCUGAUGAGACAAAAACGGGCAAUGGCAGAGACCUACGGUGCCAAAUACGUCUCAUUACACGUCCGUGUAUCCAACAAGGCAGCACUCGCCCUCUACCGCGAUACCCUGGGCUUCAAAGUCGACGGCACAGAAGCCAAAUACUACGCCGAUGGUGAAGAUGCUUAUGGCAUGAAGAUGGUGCUUGACCAUCUGAAGCCCAAGCCUGGCGACUGGGACGAUGAAGAGUUCAGAGAAGAGGAGGCCAGUGUCGGUGCAGACGAGGGUGAUGAUGUCGGAUCAUUGGGGAAGAACAAGGAGGCUGAGGAGCUGUUGAAGAAGGUCAAGGUCGGCCGCCAGGCUGGCGUUGGCGAACUAGUCGAGAAGAACGAGUCUGCAGCUUAGAUUGCUCAGACGGUAGCUUGACAUGAUACCGGAUUUGGAAAGAAUAACAAAAGUUUCCCCUUAAUCAGACUGGGUCCACCUUCCUCGAUCGACGGCGCAAUACUGGUCUUCGUCAAGUGGAAGACGUCUAUCUCCUGAGGAAACUACAAU